CUGAGCGGUGCCUGAGUGCUUCCCUGGAAUUCUCACCAGCAGAAAGCAGCAUGUCUGACCAGAACGUCCGCAACGCUGGCUUCACUCCCUCUGGGAUCACAGGAGGAUCCCUUGCUUCAUCACUGAUGUCCCAAGAAGCCAGAGCCUCUGGGGGAGGUGUGCCUUCUGGUGGCCCCACUUCUACUCUCCAGGAAAUGGGUGCCAGGGGCACAACCCACUCAUCAGGUUAUACCAGCCGCGGGAUCUCUGGUGGAUCCAGGGCCUCUGACACAAUGUCCAAGGAGGCCACAGCUCAUGGAGGUGGAGUUCCCAGGGGAGGCACAACUUCCACUGUCCAGUCCAUCUCCAUGGGUGGAAAAGGAGGAAGACGCUGAAUAGAAGAAAAACAUCAGUCCAAACCUGCAAGCAGUUCAUCCUUCACCAUCAGCUUUGACAAUUUCUCCCCUUCUAUGAUCUCCCUCUUAUGAAAGUCAAAGCCUUCCACAUGCACAAAUAAAGUUUCUGUUAAAAUGA